AUGGCCUCAAAUCAACCCACCCAGUCGGUUGCGACGCAAACCCCCCAGAAUUACUCCUUCCCCCGGAAUAGAUUAAGACUUACUCAGCGCGAUCCUACGAAGACGCCUCUGGUCUUGGUCGCUUGUGGUUCCUUCAGCCCAAUUACCUACCUCCACAUGAGGAUGUUUGUCAUGGCGGCCGACUUUGUGCGUUUCAACACGCAGUUUGAACUCAUGGGGGGUUACCUGUCACCUGUCGCGGAUUCUUAUAAGAAAGUAGGCUUGGUCGCUGCGGAGCAUAGGCUCCGCAUGUGUGAAUUGGCAGUUCAGCAGGACAGUAACUGGCUUAUGGUUGAUCCAUGGGAGGCUAUCCAACCCGACUAUAUGCCUACAGCCCUCGUGCUCGACCAUUUUGACCAUGAGAUCAAUGAGGUAUUGGGCGGCGCAGAAAGACCAGAUGGCACCCGCGUCCCAGUGAAAAUCUCGCUCCUCGCAGGUGCCGAUCUGAUUGGCACAAUGUCGACCCCGGGCGUAUGGUCCGAGGAGGAUCUCGACCACAUUCUCAGACGCUAUGGCACAUUCAUUGUCGAGCGGAGUGGUACCGAUAUGGAGGAAGCUCUUGCACACCUCCAGACUUGGAGAGACCAAAUCUACGUUAUCCCCCAAUUACUACAGAACGACAUCAGCAGUACCAAGAUCAGACUUUUCUUGAAGCGGGGGUUGAGUGUGCAGUACUUGAUUCCCGCUCCUGUUGUCGAGUACAUUGAACAAAAUGGGCUAUUUGAGCAACAUGGGCCACAUGAGGACGAUGGAACAUCAUCCGUCAAUGAAAAGGGCAAAUCAAAGAGCGCUGAAGGUUCGAGUCAAGAAUCAUCAGCUGUUGCGGACUCUGGAUCCAAGAGCUAG